UACAUACACAAACUUACGGCCAUAUUGGUUUUGUGCUUCGUGUUCAGGCUGGUGAAAAAAGUAUUUUAACAAAUAGAUCGAGAUAGAAUGGCAGACACACUAAAAUUUGGUCCAGAGUGGCUUCGUGCCUUGUCAGAUGGAAACAAUGUUGGAACACCUCCCCCUUCCCCGGGGUUCGGAAAGUAUAAACUGGCAGAGCAUCGCUACGGUCGGGAGGAGAUGCUGGCCUUAUUUAAUCCUGACAUAGACCCACCUGAGGAAAUCAAGAAAUUGACCCCUGUAUAUGUCGAGAAAAAACAGCAACCACUUGCUUUAGUACCAUUAUCUGAAGAGGAACAGAGAAUAUUGUCCCAGUCUGUAAACAGUAUAGCAGUAUUACGAAUGUUUGGUCGAGGUGGACCCCCAGGGAUUCGAGGGUCGAGGGGAGGAGGACCAGACAGGGGAAGGGGCAGAGGGAGAGGCAGGGGCGAAUACAUGCAGAGGGGUAUGUCUUACGAGGAGACAGGUGGGGGGUUUGGUCGUCCUCCAUCACACAACAGAAAUGAUGGAUGGGAAGAAGUUGGUGCAAAACGAAAUUACAGCACGAAUCGUUAUGAGGAUGGGUCAGGGGGUCCCCCAAAACGUGAAUUUAAUCGUUCUUUGAGCAGUGAGAACUGGAGGGACCGGGGCGGCAAUGAAGAGGAGGAGGAGGAAGGAGACUGGAGAAGAGCAGGGGGAUCCAAGUGGAAUUCAAGAGGAAGUUGGAGAGACCCAUCAGCUAGAGGAGGAUUUGACCCAGAUAGGCGACAGAAUGGGAUUCACAGGGGAGGAUUUGAUAGGGGAGGACGGUCAUACCAACGGUCGCGCAACAGUGAAUCAUGGGACGAUGAUGAAAUUUUACCUGAGUGGAGCAUGCCUGAUUCAGACGAUGUGGAAGAAUUGGGGACGUUUGAUUCGAGUGGAGCAUUUGUGUCAACAAAGCCUGAAGAUUUAAGUAAUAAAGACAAUCAGACAAAGGAAAACAGUGCUAAAUCUCCACUACCAGACAGAAAUCCUCCAGGCAACGACAAACGGGAGUCAAAAGAAUCAUCUAAACUGUCGGACAAGGUAGUAAACAAUGUGCCCCCUGCUAAACAAGACAAGAUGUCAGAGAAUAAAACUGUGAUAACGAACAAUAAGGUGGAACCACCACAAAACAAACCAAAGAAGGAAGAACCCAAAACACAUAAAAGUGACAAAUCGGAACUACAAAAUAGUGCUCAAAAUUCUGGUGGUGAUAUCAAAAAACAAAGUGCUACUCCCAACCCAGGUUCCACGAAAGGUGCCAAAAGAGAAACGAAGAGAGAAGAGAAACCCAAGGAUCACCCAGCACCUCCAUCGAAGAAAGGGGCUACCGUGUCGGAAGUGGAAAGGGAAGCGCUGGAUCGGUUGCAAGAUACAGCGGAAAACAUGGUUCUGGCCGCCAUGACAGCAGAGGAAGAAGAAAGGGAGAUGAAGAAUGAUCCAGUGCCCCCAACAGUACCCCAGACUGUUCCUAGUGUAGCGGUACCACUGGACCAUGAGAAUUCACAAAAGUGGUUUUACAGGGAUCCUCAGGGGGAUACACAAGGUCCAUUUGCAUCCAAUGAAAUGGCAGAAUGGUUCAGUGCUGGUUAUUUUACUAUGGAUCUAUAUGUUAGAAGGGGAUGUGAUGACAAAUUUUCCCCAUUAGGUGAACUCAUCAAGCGUUGGGGUCGUGUUCCUUUCCUGCCGGGACCUGCUGCCCCACCUUUACUGAACGUGGCCCCUAGUAGUCAGCCGAGUCUGGAACAGAUGCAGCAUCUCCAGCAACAGGAGCAGUUGAAGGCCCUGCACGCUCAAUAUCUUCUACAACAACAGGUCAUGCAGCAACAGCUCCUAAGACAGAUCCAGAUGCAGCAGAUUCAACAGGUGAUGCAGCACAUGCAGGAGAAUGAACAGUAUAAGAAUCUGAGUCCAACUCAACAAAAACAGAUUGCCAUGCAGUUGAUGAAACAGGCCCAACCAGUCAUGUUACCGAUGCAGUCCGUCUCAAAACUUUCACCUAGAUCACCACCAACAGAGGCAGCCUCAUUAAGCGAUCACCCACCCACCUCAUCUAGUCACCCCACAUUUCAUCGAUCCAUGUCUCAGCCCAGUGAAUUACACACAGAGGAUGGCUCCAUCUGGGGCGGGGCUCAGGCAGUACCCCCAGGGACCAGUCCCAAUAAUGUGUGGGAUGUGAGUCAACAACAUUCACGAUCUGCUCCAGACUUGGAACUAGAAAGAGCUAGAAAGGAAAAGGAGGAAGUGGAGUUGCUGAGAAAGAGACAGGAAGAGGAAGUGAAGCGUAAACAAGAAGAAGUGAAACGUAAACAGGAGGAGUUCAUGAAACAGCAAGAGGACUUGCGUAAACAGCAACUAGAAAUCCAGAGACAGAAGGAGGAGAUGGAGAGACAACGAGAAGAACUGGAGAGACAGAAAAUCCUGGAACUACAGAAACUUGAAGAAAACCGACGGAAAGAGGAUGAAGUCAGGAGGAGACAGGAGGAAGAGGAGAGAGUUAAACAACAGAGAGAGGAGGAACAGAGGAAGCAGAGGGUGGAGGAACAGAGGAAAAAAGAGGAGGAAAUGAGGCAAAGAGAGUUGAAGAGACAGGAGGAGCUACAGAGACAUCAACAGGAAAUGUUACGGCAACAGGAACAGAGGAAACGAGAGCUAGAAGAAUUAGAAAAACAAAAACAACUGGAGGUUCAGCGACGUCAGGAACAGCAAAGACAACAACAGGAAGCCUUGAAGAAACUCCAGCAGGAACAACUUGCCAACAUUCAGUUGCCCUCUCAUGCUCAGUGGGGAAGUCAGCCUGUCACCCAAUCUCCACAAAAGACCAGGUCGCUGUUAGAGAUACAGGAACAGGAAGAGAGGGAACGACGGGAAAAAGAGGAGAUACAGAGGAGACUGGAAAAUGAACGCCAACAGCUGAUUGCCAUACAACAACAACAACAGCAACAAAAGUCAUGGUCCAGUCAAAUUUUGCUAGAGACAGUCAGAUUUCCAAGCCAGCAACAGAGUACAAAAACAUUAAUAGAAAUCCAGGAAGAACAGAGACAGCUGGAGGAGGACAAACAACGAAAACAACAGCAGAGUCAGGCCAAGCAAAACUUGAGUCUCGGGGCAGCCAGUGCUUGGGGAGGGGGUGUAACAUCCUCCUCUCACUGGGCCAGUGAGGGGGCGUGGGGGAAUGCCACCCGUCAAUCAUCCAUGGCUAACAGCAGUGCCAGUAACGGAGCUGGCUCACUUGGAUUCUGGGAUGAUGCUAUUAUAUCCUCUAAACGAGCAACCAAACAAAGUAAUCAGGGAGGAGUAACUACUGAGUUUCCCACCUUAAAGGGACAGCCUCAGCAGAAAGCUCCGCCCACAACACAGUCUAAUAAAGGAAAACCCUCGAAACGAGGCAAAGAGGAGGAAGCAGUCCAGAGAUUGUUUCAGGGAAGUGGGCCAGGGGAUGAUUUUUCUCAAUGGUGUGACAAGGCCCUGAAGGCUCUCAAUACAUCAGUAGACAUUCCUACUUUUGUGGCAUUUUUGAAAGAAGUGGAAUCCCCUUAUGAGGUAUACGACUAUGUGCGAGUGUAUGUUGGGGAAUCCAAAGGUGCACAGGACUUUGCUAAACAAUUUCUGGAGAAACGGAGCCAGAGACGCAACAAAGCAAGGCAGCCAGUGGAGGGGGUAAUAAUGAAAGUGAAAACCGAAUGAAGCUCCGAUACAAUGUCAGUUUGAAGAGGUGAUUUCAUUGCUCUAUGUUAUCGUUUCAUAGGACAGUAUUUGGGGCCCCGCCCCCGCACGAGAUUUCCGUCAAUCCAGCGGAAACCAGUACAGCGAAUCAGACUCGCAGAAAGCCAAAGGAAAGAAGAAAAAGAAGAUGCAGAAAAUCGACAGCAGCAUUCUGGGAUUUACCUGUGCUGCUGACCCCGAUCGUAUCAACGUUGGUGAAAUCGAGGCCGAUGGCACACCCAAGUGAGAUGUUCUGUCAGGGAAUUAUGGGGAAAAUCGGCAACAGAAAUUGUGUAAUAUUUUAUGGUGACAACAAUUUCUUUAAUUUGUGAGAAUCUGGUGGUAGUUUGACAUUAUUGGCUUUUAAUGCGCUGUACUGGGUAUGUCAUAACGAAGUGAUUGGGGCCCAGAGGUCAAGCAGUCAGUCCCCGAUACAGCAACCAGAUACUGACCACUGGUCACAAUUCUUUACAGAAAACAUUGUUUUAGCAUAUCACACCUGACAACCUGUCUCUAUUCUGUUUUAUUUUGUGUUUUAAAGGUCUCUCUGACCAGUUGUAUUUUUUUACUAUCAGUUCCUAAGCUUCGGUCUUUGAAAAACUUUUCAAUUCCCAAAGAAAAUUGUAUCUUUAGCUACAUAUAUGAACAAGUAAUAGGUCAAAAUUAUUUUCAACAUCAAUGAUGAGUUUUUGUAUACCAUCUUCAAAAUUGAUUCAACAUAUCAAUGAAAUUAUCACAGAAAAUAUAUAUUGAUUGUGAAAUAUGUUUAUAAACCAUAGAAAGCAUGUUUCAACUCCCAUUUUCAAAUCUGUGCAAUAUUUUGAUAUAGAAAAUCAUGCUUUGAUAUUUUACUGACAAAGAAUUUUAAUCAGGUAUUAAGUGUAAAAUGAUUUCUGAGGAUUUCAUAUAAUAUAUAUGUUUUUCUCCAGUUCAAUAUGCUAUUGAAGCAUCUUAAUCCAAUACUUCCUUCCCUGACUAGAAAGUACAAUUUUUCUCAUUCAAACUGUGAUAUUGAAGGAAGCUGAUUUUGAAUGUUAAGAUAGCAUUAUAUGACAACCUCAAAAUACUCGUAUUAAAGAAAAAUAAGUAUGUGGUCAUUAAAGUGAAAUCACAAUCAAAAUGGAUUCUGACAAUGUUAAGCUACAUGUAUAAUGUUGACACUGUGUAAAUGAUCUAUUGAGGGCUUACCUUGAGAGAGUAAAUGCCCAUUGUUACAAGAGUUGAUAAUGAUUAUCUGAUCUGGAGGGUAUUAAAAGGCCUGAAGGCCCGGCUGAUGUCAAUCCGGACCAGGGAGUUCAAAAAGUUCAAUAAAAAGAAUUGAAACAUU